AUGCGAACAGAAGCUCGUCGAAAAAAUCUCCUCAUUCUAAUUUUCCAUUAUUUAAUGGAGGAAGGGUAUGUUGAUGCUGCAAAUGCUUUGGAACAAGAGACAAAAAUAAGUUUACGUGGCUUUGAAGUUUGUGACAAUGUUGAUCUUGAGACAAUUUUGAUGGAAUAUGAAAGCUAUUACUUUGUAAAAUUUCAAAAGUAUCCUAAAAUUACCAAAAAGGUCCUGGACACUGUGGAAAAUAAACAACAGCUGAGAACUGGAGGAAGACCAAGAAGGGCAGCAAGCUCUUCUCAGAAUCUCCCAAGGCUCAAACAUCAGACACUGCAACGACCGUUGUCAAAAACUUCACCUGGGAGUACAACAGAAUUUAAAUUGUCCACCAAGGAGACCCCCAAACAGAAUAAUGACGGUGCAGUUACUCUGGAGCAAUCUGACUUUGGUUUAAGCAUCUCAGCAAUCAACAAAACUGGAGGAGACAGCACUCACUCAAGAAGGGGCCAGGUAAUUGACUUCCAUGGGACAAUUCAGGAUGCUGUCAAAGUAUCAUCAAAUGGAAUAGCCUUGAACACCCUUAAUUGUGAUCCAGAUCCAUCAGAAAGAUUAUUGAAACCCCUUAGCGCUUUUAUUGGCAUGACUGGUGAGAUGAGAGAACUUGCAACAGUUGUAAGCAAAGAUAUUUAUCUCCAUAAUCCAAAUGUGAAGUGGGAGGAUAUUAUUGGACUGGAUGCAGCUAAAAGACUAGUCAAGGAAGCAGUUGUUUAUCCCAUAAGGUACCCCCAGCUGUUUACAGGCAUUCUGUCUCCUUGGAAAGGAUUACUACUGUAUGGACCACCAGGUACUGGAAAAACUUUGCUUGCCAAGGCUGUUGCCACAGAAUGCAAUACAACCUUUUUCAACAUAUCAGCAUCCACCAUUGUCAGCAAAUGGAGGGGUGAUUCAGAAAAACUUGUCCGGGUGUUAUUUGAGCUUGCCCGGUACCAUGCUCCUUCCACAAUUUUCUUGGAUGAGCUGGAGUCAGUUAUGAGUCAAAGAGGCACUAUUUCUGGUGGUGAACAUGAAGGAAGUCGGCGGAUGAAAACAGAAUUACUGGUGCAGAUGGAUGGCUUGGCCCGAUCUGAUGAUCUUGUAUUUGUUUUAGCAGCUUCCAAUCUGCCAUGGGAGUUAGAUUCCGCCAUGCUGCGGCGGUUGGAGAAGAGGAUUUUGGUCAACCUCCCCAGUAAAGAGGCACGGCAGGUGAUGAUCCAGCACUGGCUGCCUCCUCUGAGCAACAGCGGAGGAGUGGAGCUGAGAACGGAUCUAGACUACAGCUUGCUUGGCCAG